UUCUUUUAUUUAUUUAAUAAUUAAGAACUAAUUUUCCUUUUUCGCCGACACCCAUGAAACCAUACAGUGUUUCUAUUUCUCUUUCUUAAUUACUGUUAAGCUUCGAAUCUCUCUCCCUCUCACAUUUACUUGCUCUCCCUUUCUUUAAUGGAGAUAUAUCUUCUUGCCACUCUCUCCGAUCUCAACUUCUCUUCUUCUUCUUCUUUGCCGCAUGACUAUGCCGUGUGCUUUAUUAACUCGCUCCAACCUUACCUCUAGACACAGCACAAUAUACUACUUUUAAUAAUGGCCUUCGACCCCAUGCCUUUUCCUUUCUUUUUGGCUCGUUCUUCACUCACUACGUUUCUGUUCCUGUUCGUUUUGCUCUCCUCAAUCUUUGCUUUUCCUCUUUUCGUUCAAUGCACUACCGACGCCUCUGAUGUCCAAGCUCUACAGGUUUUGUACACUUCGUUGAAUAGCCCUUCCCAGCUAACCAAUUGGAAAAGCGACAGUGGUGAUCCCUGUGCAGAGUCUUGGAAAGGGAUUACUUGUGAGGGAUCGGCUGUUGUUUCCAUUCAGAUUUCUGGGCUAGGACUCGGCGGGACUAUGGGAUACUUGCUUUCCCAGCUUAUGUCAUUAAGAACAUUCGAUCUGAGUGACAACAAUAUUCAUGAUACAAUACCAUAUCAAUUGCCGCCCAAUCUUACGAGCCUAAAUCUUGCAAGAAAUAACCUUAGUGGAAAUCUUCCUUAUUCCAUUUCUACUAUGGUUUCUCUCACUUAUUUGAACAUGAGCCAUAAUUCAAUUUCCCAGUCAGUCGGAGAUGUUUUUGCUAAUCUUGCUCUUCUCACAACCCUGGAUCUCUCUUUCAACAAUUUUAGUGGCAAUCUUCCAAGCUCCUUCAGUUCAUUGUCCAAUCUUUCAACAUUCUAUAUUCAGAACAAUCAACUGACUGGUUCUCUUGAUGUUCUUGCUGGUUUACCUUUAACUACUUUAAAUGUUGCAAACAACCAUUUAACUGGAUGGAUACCUCGAGAGCUUAAUUCAGUUCCAAAUUUCAUAUAUGAUGGAAAUUCCUUUGACAAUGGUCCUGCUCCUCCUCCUCCACCAUAUACCCCACCACCACCUGGUAGAUCUAGAAACAAUCACAGUCAUUCAGGAUCAGGCACACGUACACCCCCAUCUUCUGAUGACCAGUCAUCCGAGUCAGAUAAGGGAAUGUCAGUUGGGGCUAUUGUAGGCAUAGUCCUUGGUUCUGUUUUACUUAUCUUCAUCGCACUUCUUGCUGUUUUAUUUUGCACUAGAAAGAAAAAGCAGAAGGAUGGAGGCGCCAUAGUUUCUCAGGGAAGUCGGUCGGCAGGCACAACUGAUAGAGAUACUGAGAUGCAAGAGCAAAGAGUGAAGAGUAUUGCUGCUGUUGCAGACCUGAAGCCCCCACCUGCUGAAAAAUUGGUGGUUGACAAAUUACAAGGACAUUCUGGAUCCGUAAAGAGAAUGAAGUCACCUAUUACUGCUACUUCAUAUACUGUUGCUUCUUUGCAAACAGCAACAAAUAGCUUUAGUCAAGAAUUUAUAAUUGGUGAAGGUUCUCUUGGUCGUGUUUACAGAGGGGAGUUUUCUAAUGGAAAGAUAAUGGCUAUUAAGAAGAUCGACAAUGCAGCACUUUCAUUACAGGAGGAAGAUAACUUUCUCGAAGCUGUUUCAAAUAUGUCUCGCUUGAGGCACCCUAACAUCGUUUCACUGGCAGGAUACUGUGCAGAGCAUGGACAGCGCCUUUUGGUGUAUGAACAUAUAGGGAAUGGGAGUCUGCAUGAUAUGCUGCACUUUGCUGAAGAUGGCAGCAAGACUCUGUCUUGGAAUGCUCGUGUUAGGGUAGCACUUGGCACAGCUCGGGCUUUAGAGUACUUGCAUGAAGUCUGCUUACCUUCCAUUGUGCAUCGCAAUUUCAAGUCGGCAAAUAUUUUACUUGAUGAAGAGCUCAAUCCUCACUUAUCAGAUUGUGGUUUAGCUGCUCUCACACCAAACACAGAGAGGCAGGUUUCAACACAAAUGGUUGGAUCAUUUGGUUAUAGUGCUCCUGAAUUUGCCUUGUCGGGAGUAUACACUGUAAAAAGUGAUGUUUACAGCUUCGGUGUUGUGAUGCUGGAGCUUUUGACUGGACGCAAGCCACUUGACAGUUCAAGGGUGAGAUCGGAGCAGUCACUUGUUAGAUGGGCUACUCCUCAAUUGCAUGAUAUUGAUGCGUUGGCAAAAAUGGUUGAUCCCGCCUUAAAUGGCAUGUAUCCUGCAAAAUCUCUUUCACGGUUUGCUGACAUUAUUGCCCUCUGUGUUCAGCCGGAACCUGAGUUUCGCCCACCCAUGUCUGAAGUUGUGCAAGCACUGGUGCGAUUAGUGCAAAGGGCGAGUGUCGUCAAACGGCGAUCAAGUGAUGAAUCAGGAUUUGGAUAUAAAACCCCAGAUCAUGAGGCAAUUGAUAUGUCAUUUUGAGUGUCCAGCCUUCUUGAAUCGGAGGUAAGUUCCAACUUGGUGCACACGCAUAAAGAAAAGAGAGGUCAUUGAAAGAACAAAGCGUGCACAGAAUAGAGAAAGAAGUGAAACAAGAAGUAAAAUGGGGUCAGAGAGAUGUAAGUACGUCGAGAAAUUGUGAGCUGCAUAUACGUUUUAAGGCAUUGAUAUUUGUAAAUGGUUCAAUAUUUGUAUUCUCAAAUUUUCCAGAAUCUUUUGAUGCAAGAGAUACUGAGGCAAUAAGAUUUUUCAUUUGAUUCUA